AUGUGGUCCUUCCGAUUUUUCCGAGUCCUCUGGCAGCAUGCAGAAAAGCCUUUCAGGACCAUCCCUAAUACAACAGCAGAAGGAUUGAUCUGCAGCGCCUGCCUGAUGCCCUGGCCUGUCCCCGGGCCGCACACGGCUCCGCAGGGCUCUCUGCUGACCCAUCGCUGCUUCCCUGUGUCGCAGGUGCUGUGCCGGUACCAGCACGUCUGGGACAUCGACCUGCGCCUCCGCCCGGCCUUCCUCGGUGGCGUAAUGCAAGCGACUGGUAACAAGCCCCCAGCAAUGUUGCCAAAACGUGCAGAAUACAUGCUGAAAGAUCUCAAGAGGAUGGCAAAAUACUACCAAGUGCCUGUGAAAAUUUCAGGAAGUGACUUCCAACGUAUCCUGGGUACAAGCAGCCUUGGGGCCAUGCGCUUUAUCACAGCCCUCCAGAUGACCCAGCCAGCACGCGUGGAGCCCGUGUCUAGGGAGUUCUGGGUACGAUUCUGGUCACAGCGUGAAGAUAUCAGUCAGCCAGAGUCUAUAUUGGCUGUUGCCAGGCAGGCUGGGAUAUCAUCAGAGCUUGCCCAGAAGCUACUUGAAAUGAUUUCAACUCCUGAAGUAAAGAACCGACUGAAGGAGACAACAGAGGAGGCAAUAAAAUACGGGGCCUUCGGGAUGCCUGCUGCUGUGGCACAUCUCCACGGGGAGCCUCAGCUCUUCUUUGGCUCUGAUCGUUUGGAGCUACUGGGCAACUUUAUAGGUGAGAAAUGGCUGGGGCCAGUUCCAAGCCCCAAGAUGUGA